GAGCCUUGUCAGUGCUGUCAAAGAGGAAGAGGAGGCGAUGAAGAGGAGAGAACGCUGUCGACAGCUCUUUCCCGAAGGUCUGAACGCCCAGAUCUGGCGCCAGCUUCGGGGAGCCGCUCCACACCGCAAGCCUGGAUACCUCCCCGGGCCCUCCCCGCCGUCCGGGCCCAAGGUGACCGCCUUUCAACCGCAGCUGCUCCGCUAAGCCACCGGGAGCGCUGUGCGCGUCCCUCCCUCUUCCCUCAAUCUGGAAGUGCACUUGGCCGCGGACGCCGCGAGGACUUUUCCAGGAGGGGUGAGGGGAAGCAGCCUCGGGCUUGAUGGGAGCGGCGGCACACUUCUUGGAAGCAGCCUCGUUGAGCCCAGGCACUGGCGGGGGAAGCUUGCGAUGCGCCACGAGAGGGCUCCUGGCGCCCCCUUCAGUCUGAGCUGUGCGCUGCAGGGGUGGAACGUGGCUGGACAGCCCCGAGGCCAGGGGCGCUGCCGCCCGCUGGCCUGGGCGGGGCUAGCAAGGCUCCGGAAAGAUGGCUGGGAGCACACCAGGACCUGAAGGCCGGCGCUUCCAACACCCAGCCCAGGGCCCCGAUGGGGGUCAAGCCUCCUGGGAGUGCCGGGGACGUGCGGGCGAAAAAGGUGCCAGGGUGGCGCCCCGUUAGUGGAACGGCACCCAGACUUGUCCCCCAGCUGGCGGGCCACGCCUAGGGAAGCCCUCCUGCGAAAAGUCUGGUGCCCUGAGCUGACCCGAGGCGCGUCCGUGAACCAAAUGCAGUGCCCUGCCCGGAGGGCGGGGCCGGGGCGGGGCCCAAGUCAUUGCUGCAGGUGCAGGGGGCGGUGCCCGGCCCUGUCCCCGGGGGCCGUUCUUGGAGGCCAGGGGCGGGUCAGAGAAGCGGCUGAGGUAGGCGACGCCUUAGAACCCGCGGGCGGUGACUGUGCCACAGGUGCUGCGCAGGGCACCGUGUCCCGGCUCUGGGCAUCAAAACUCCGGCGCUGGAAACUAAGGCUUCCGAGCUGCUCUCAACCCCGGACGCCGAGGCCCCCGGGCCGGAGAGCGGAGCCCUGGGGUCGUCCGAAGGUCGGGGCCCCGAGCCCCCCGGGUCAGACAUCGAAGUCCCGGGACCUGGCGCAGAGCAGGACGCCGAGGUACCCAGGCCAAGACGCCAGGUCUCCGUGCUCUCCGCAGAGCAGGGCGCGGAGACCCCUGAGCGAGAGAGCGAAGUCCUUGGGCCGUCUGCGCGGCUGGACACAGAACGCCCCGGGCCAUCCGCAGCUGGGGGGGUUGAGAGCCUUGAGCCAGGCAGAGACAGCCCCGAGCCGUCCGAAGCGCGAAGCGCGGGGGCCCCGAAGCACCGUCCUCUUCAGUGUCCCGACACCUCCUCCUCGGGGUCAGACUCGGCAGCCCCCCUGCUGCAUUUUCCACCGCGCCCCGAGACCCCCCCGCGGGCCCCCGAGGAGCCGCUCAUGGAGACGCCCAUCGAGCGAGAGAUCCGCCGCAGCUGCGAACGCGAGGAGAGCCUGCGCCGGAGCCGGGGCCUGAGCCCAGGCCGCGCAGGCCGGGAACUCGUAGAGCUGCGCGUGCGGCCGGUGCUCAGCCUGCCGGGCCCGGGCCCCGCGCUCCCGCGCGCCUUGGAGCGCGCUCGGGCGGGCGCGCAAAUGCAGCGAGACAUCGAGCGGGAGGCCCACCGUCAGGCGGCGCUGGCGCGCCCCGCGGCCCCGGAGCCGAGCGCCCGGCCGCCGCCGCAGCCGCUGGGCGAGCUCAAGCGAUUCUUUGAGAGCGCCGCGGGACGCGGCACCUCGCCGGCGGAGGAAGGCGGCGCGGGCCCGCAGGGGCUGCCCGAUCCCGGAGGCCGGCCGCGCCUGGCCGCGCAGGGCCGGUGCCCGGUGCUGGCCCGCGCCCCGCCGCGGGUCGCGCCGUCGCUGCUGGAGCAGGAGGUGCGCGAGGUGCACGAGCGCGAGCGGGAGCUGCAGCGCCAGCGGCUCUGCGUCUACGGCACCGCCGAGUUCAAGGAGCCCGCGCCGAGCCUCACGGCGAGCAGGGGCGACGGAAAGCUGGCGGUGAUCUGGCCUCCCCGCAGGAAGGCAUCGGAGAACGGCUUGGAGCAGGAGGAACGGAAGCCUUGAGGUUUCAGCAGGCUGGGACACCCCGCCAGAGGUAACACGCACAUCAGAGGAAAGCGGUCGGGGCGCCAAGGAGUGCCCUCCCAAUCCGGGGAAGGCCUGGAGAGGGCCAGCAGUCCGCUCCGGGGAAGAUGAAAUCGACCAGCCCCCUCCUUGAACCUGACUUUGUGAAAUUGACCAGUCUCUUCUAUAAAACUAUUAGCCCAACGCUGGGAAACACCACCACUCUCAGCCCUGCCGGUGAGACUCUCCAGCCCUUCUCCGCCUAACCGCAAACCGAACUGGCCUCUGCCUCUGGCCUUUACCGUUCGAGUAAACUGCCUCGGCUCCCCUCACUCCCCAAUAAAGCCCCUUCUUUCUGGGCAA